UCGCCACUCGCCAGUCAGCUAUCGCAAGCCGCCGCAGGUAGAUGUGUGUGCGUCGCGAAAGUGCACCUGACCAGAUCGAAUCCAAUCACCGUUAUCGUCCUAAAUGACGAGCUAAUGGACGGACGAGGUAGUCCAUGCAUGCCCGUGUUCUCUGUGUGAACUAGCUUGUGGUCUGUGGAGUGCAGUGUUGUGUUCAUGCCGACAUGGAAGAGGUUCGGAUAUCGGAUUGGCCCGAACCUCCUGGCUCUCAUGCAUGGCUGCCCGCUUACGGCUUCCAGCAUGAAUUAUUGGAAAAAGACGACUAUUUUACCAACGGAAAAAUUCAAGAUGUCCUCAAACCUAUGAAUGGAGACAAUGGCAGCACUCACGCUCUAUAUCUCGAAACGAUAGUAGAGGAGACAAGCGAUGACUUACGUUCCGAACGCUCCUCAGCGGCCACAUGGCUAUCCGAUUCUGAUGCGGACUCGGUUAUACACGUCCGUGGAAAUGGAGGAUCAGAGUGCGACAGCGAGUCGGAGCGCGAGUGGGCCUGUCCGGCGAAGCGGCGCAGACGGGAGCGCGCCACCUCGCCCACCAGCACCGGCUCCCUGUCCCGUUCCUCCAGCCUGGCCCAGUUCGAAUCGCUCGAACGGUCCUGUGCUGCGCCCGCGUCUCCCAGCCUGUCUCCAGACUCUCUGGAGUCACCGCCGUCAUCGCCGCCACCGUCCCGGCCCGCUCCUCGCGCACACCUCUCCGCCGAGAACCUCAGCGAAGACAGCGGCUACAGCGAACGCGCGCGGCGGCCGCCCCCGCCGGCGCGGCGCGAGCCCGAAAUAGCGCACGGGCCGAGCGGCAGCGUGCCGUGCCUCGCCUCGCCUAGUGCAGGCCGCCGGCCGCCGCGAGCUGCGCGCGCGCUGUCCCUGCCCGCCGAGCUGGACGUGUGCGCCGAACCGCGCCGCCACGCGACUCACAACGCGCGGUUCCGUCAAACUUUCGAAGUGUGUGAUAGCUUUACAGUCAGUGUGGCCGACCUCACAGCCCUGGAUUACCGCGGCGGGCCCCGGCGGCCGCGCCUGCCGCCGCCGCCUCCCCCGCGCCCCGCGCACCAUCCCCCACCUCCGCCCCCGCCUCCCGUUGAAGUGGUAGCGAGUCCCGUCCGCUCGACCCCUGCAAGGGAACCGAGUGCCGGCAGCGACUCCACUACAGAAUCAGAAAGAGCUUUCACGCGUGAAAUGGAAGCGACAGCCCGCAGACUGGACGAAAAUGCAAAAAGAGCUUUAGCCGACGCCGGAAAUUACGAUCGUGAGAUAUCAGUGUUAACCGCAAAACGACUCAGAGACUCGUGGGGGGCUUGGGAUGAUGUGUUAGACGAAUUACGCCGGCGAAUAGAACCUUCCUCCCCGACCCCCUCCCCGCCGCGUUCGCCGUCGCCGGAACCUAUACGUGAACCAGCAUUUACCUCGACACCUUUGCGAUCCGGCGAUGGCCGAGUUCGUUCAACGCCUGAAUUAAGAUCACGGCCUACUCCAAAUCGCGAAACACCUGAGGAAUUACGCGCAUCCUUGCAAACGGUCGCGCCGCCAGACAGCGUCCCGCCGAUGCGGUCCGUGUCGACGGGCUCCAAAGGAGUGACGUUCUCGCCGAUCGUGGCUGAAGUGAGUUGGCGCGAAACGAGCGCGAGCACAGAGAGCGCGGAGAGCACGCCGAGCGAGAGCUCGAGCGCGAGCGACGACGCGGCCGACGCGGAGGUCGUGGUGGUGGGGAGCGGGGAGUGCGCGCCGGCCGCAGACCUUCCCGCGGCGAUGUCGGAAGCGGGCGCGCGCGCACCGCGCAGCCGCAUCGCGGGCUUCCUCUCGCGGUUCGCGAACUUCCGUUUCUCGGCGCGCAAGAAGCGCGCAGGCGCGAACGGGCGGGCGGGCGGCGCGACGGCGAGCGCGGCAGACGCGGCGCAGGCAGCGCGGCCGGCUGGCGGGCCGCAGUAUGUGCGCAUCCCACUGAAGGACGAAGGUGUGUCGCGGCCGCCGGCGGUCGUCCCGGGCGGCGUGGCGCACAAGCCGCCGCGGCCGCGCCCGCCGCCCGCACCCGCGCCCGGCGUGCUGGAGACGGACGUGGACACGCAGCGCACGGUGCUGCACGCGCGCUCGCUGCUGGCCCUGGCGCCGCCCGACCAGCGCGCGCCCCGCCCGCACAAGUCCAUGGAGUUCCUGCUCGACAAGGACAGCGCCCAGAUCGUACAGCCUCCUGAGAACGAAUUGCAAAAGAAUUCGGAUCGUGUGUUAUCAGAGCACGAGUUGAGGGUCCAGAGAUCGUUGCAGAAACUCAAUGUUCCAGAAUGGUACAAAAACGCGCCAGCCCCCCGCGAGGGGUUCCUCCUGCGCAAGCGGCUCUCUGACGCCUCCUCAGCAGCGCGGUGGAGCGGGCUCAACUCGAAGACCACCUCGCUGGGCAGCCUGGGGGCGAACGCUCAGCCCCCGCCGCCGCAGCUGUCCCCGCAUACUACCAGCUUUGGGAGGUGGUCCACGAGUCGGCUUAACUCCAAUCAGACGUCACCAUGCUCUUCCACCCGUAGCAGCAUCCGCGGGACCAGCCCGCUGUGCUCGCCCUCCACGCGGUCUUCCUUCAGCGCGCGACAGCCCUACUUGGGCUGGAGGAGCCAGGAGCGACUGAAUUCUACACCUAGGACACCGCAUGAAAGGCUAGCAUCAUCGCUCCUCCAACAGUCCGCGUCAAGCAAAGCGUCAGAAGAGAUCCAAACAUCGAUCAAGGAAGUGACGUCAGCAAUAGUUCACUACGUGUCGGGUCUGGAGCCGGCCAAUGGCGACGCAGAUCCGGAUGUCUCGCCGCGCUCCAGUCAGAAGCUGUACUGGUUGGAGAGCUCGUUUGUUGGAACGAAGCCGCUAGAAUCUCCGCAAACGCCCCUGGUGGUAACGGAAGCGUUACCGCCCCCCCACCCGCGGCCGCCCUCCUCCCUCCGCCUCGACCACCGCGCGGCGCCCGACUGGCAAGAUUCUCAGCGUUCUUUGAAUGUGGGUAUAACAAAACCUUCCCCGGGGUCUACUACAUUGGAGGAUGUAUUGGAUUCGCUUUUAGGACUCCCCUCGCAAUCCGCUAGGAUACCUACACCUCAACCAAGUCCUAGGAAAUCUUCGAGUCCCUACUACAUGCUAGGUGGGAAGAGCCCACGAUAUGAACAGUUAGCCAGUAGUGGGCAUAGCAGUGCCUCCGCAGCUUCCCGUUUUAUGAACACUCCCAGCGAUGCGCCGAGCUCGUUCACGGACAGCCCGGAACAGGACCGACCAGGCAAGGAUUCAGUUGAUACACCGGCCACGAUGUCGGAAUCGAGACGGCCGCGAUCAGCACAGGGGGACAACUCGCGGCGGAGAAGUGAGCCCUUCACACACCACAGCAUAUCCCUGGAUCGCCGAACCAGCCUCGACUCUACAGCCCUGCGAUCUGAACAACUCACCCGUCACGAAUCCAAAACCUCCCUCGCUUCUUUACAAACCGAAAAUAGCACUGACGACGCAUUCGUUAAGUGUAAAUUCCCCAAAUGCACCUCUCGCACUCCCUUCGCUGAAGCUAAACGGCAUUACAAGACAUGCCACAAUUGCACCACUAUGUACUGUUCCAAAGAAUGCCGUAGAGCCCACUGGGAGAAACAUAGAAAAGUCUGCUUACAUUCUCGUGCCAGUGCUCUUUGCAGACAGAUUAUUUCCGCAGCAAAAGAAGAUGCAGAUUCUUUACAUCGAGUGAGUACAAUCGCUCAUCAAGGAUAUCAAGCGCAAGGCAGAGGUGUAGUGAAAAUAUUCUUCACGAGUCCAGAGGCAGCUGAAAAGUUUACAACUCACGGGUACCAAUACUUGAGUGAACCUGAAUUCGUAAAAUGGACUGCGCUCCAACCUAAUGAAAUGGGUGUAGAAUUAUACACAGAAGUAGUUAAAUUAUGCAAAAGUUAUAAUCCAGAGACCAGGGUUAUUUUAUACGUUGCAGUGUGUAUUAUAAGUGAAGUACCGACGAAAGGCGCCGUUAAAUGGGAAAGGCAAAUGGUAUCGAGAUGUGCCAAAUUGAGACUUAGUAAAACAGUAUCUUCUGUAAUACAAGAACAGAAUAGAAGAAGGCAAAGACGGGACAGUAAAGGCACACCUGAGGACAGAGAAACUUUAAUAUUAACAUCAAGAUUAUGCAACGCGGGCGAAAAGAACGCAGCAACAGCACACAAAUUUAGGGAAAUCUGCUUUAGAAAUAUAUGUAGUGAGUUGGAAAAUAGGGGAGUAUUGUUGAAGAAACACUUUCCAGAAGUGUAUUCGAGAUUAGCGGCGUACGUUGAUGGGACGAGUGAUAGAUUCAUUCCAAUGACUAUUUAUCCUAAAGAUGUGAAUAGUGGAAAGUCUUUCGUGUGUGUGAUUAUGCCAGAUAGUGAUGUGGAUAGUGGAACACCAGUGGACGGAAAAGUAAUGACUAUAGAUGUCGGUUUAGAUCGUUCGAAACACCAAUUAUCCACACCAAUGUAAAAAGCUUCAGCAGUACAUAAGUGAGAUGGGACUUGCCCUUAGCGAUGCUAAUUGAAUUUUUGGUAGGAAAAUUUAUAAAAAUAAUAAAAUUUGUAUGCGCGCAAAUUUCUAUUCUUAUGAUAGAUUAUCGAUAACCUAUUUGAAUAAUGUCUGUGGAAUAAUGAAUAAUUCUUAUCCCUUCGUAUUUAGAUAAUGAAUAUCGCUAUUAUUUAGAUUGAUGUUAAAUGUGCCCUUAUGCAAGUGAUUAAUUUAAUGUAUUUUUAUACACACCAUAAUAAAAUUUAUUAUUUUAUGGGAACAGUGUUAAUUAUAUUAAAAUAUAAUAUUAUUUAAAUUGCUUGCAAAAUAAUAUAUUUAAGAUAUUUGAAAUCUACAAAGAGGCAAGCAAAAUUACAAUAAUUACUUACAAAUAUUACUACUCAUACUUACACAGAGUACCUUUAAUUUGAUUACAAUCACAGAGUACUUUUUUAUAUAUGAGAUUACAAUGUAGAUAAUAAAUGUGAGAAAAUUGUCGUAAUAACAUAAUUGCUUAUUCAUUGUAAUUUCUCUUCGCCUUUCAAUAUUUAUUCCUCUAUGACGUAGUAUUAAGAUCGCAGAGCUGUUGUAUUUUGAGGCGCACUGGGUUAUUAACUGUGUUGCCAGAAAAGUCACUUAAAUUUUAAAAUUGCCACAGAAAAUAAAAAUUACUUCAAGUGAAAUAAUUUAAAUGUUAAUUCACCAUAUUCCAUGUGGUUGUACUUUGGCACAAAAUAAAUUACAUUUUUAUAACUUUUUAAAUAAUUAUGGUGCCAAUUGAUCAAAUAAUAAUAAGUACAUACCGAUGUAUUUUACGAUAAUAUAAAAUUUAAUAAUUUUUAUUAGGUGCUUACCUCGGAUUAAAAUUAAAUAAUGUUUACUAGGUAGGUAGAUACCUACUAGUUAUUGCUAGUUUAGAAAAAUCAGUACUUAAUUUCAUAAACAUAUAAAUAUACACAAAUUUUUGUAAAUGAUUUUUCAGCUCCGUAUCAUUUUCAAUGUUUUUUUAAAUAUUUUACAAGUAAGUUUUUCUUAUUUACAUUAAUAUUUAUAGAAACGAGAAUAUUAUAUUUAAAGCAUUUGGCUAGAGCCAAAAAGGCAAUGCUUUUAAGAAAAUUUUUAGUAUCGUAUAUUUUUAAACAUGCCCAAACAUACCUUUCACGUGCAUUUUAAAAUUACUUCUCAUCGAUAACUACGUUGUUUCGAUCAUACAAAACAACUUGAAAAGCGAUCCCAUGCUAAAGCGAAAUUAAAACUGUGUGUGUGUGUGUGUGUGUGUGUUUGGUUGUGAUUGAGUGUGAUAAAAAUUCUAGUCGAAAGAAACAUAGAUUUCAGCAACAUAUAGACGUGUAUUAGUUCAUUCAUUUAAAUAAAGAUAUUUAUUUAUUUAUUUAAAGUGUCGUACUCACAAAAUGUACCAAAAGAGAUUUAAUUAUGUAUUUAAUUAUGUAUUUACAAAAAAAUAGCAUAACUCCUUCUAUAUGUGGAGUUUUAGUGAUGACGUUUUUGGUCGUUGAUUGUGUCCAGAUGUAAAAAGGAUACUCGCAUAUUAAACUUAAAUUAAUAAAUCUAUUUUAAUUUCAUAUGUGUAUUAACUUGAAAAAUGCAAUACAAUUUCAUUAUUUUCUUCCAAUGAAGUAGGUACGUACCUUUCAAAGUGUAUGAUUUAUUAUUGUUGAAAUUCUGAAAUCCUUAUUCCUCCUGAAAUUAUUGAAGUUUUGUAUUCAAAAAAUUAUUGUAUAAAGGUAUUGUUUGGGUAAGUUUAAAACAAUGUUAUGUAUUUAUUCAUGUUUUAAUAAAUAUACGAAUCUACAUGUCUUAUUUUUAAAAUUGAUGAUUUGUAUUGUGUUAAUUUUAAUAUGAAUUAUUUAAUGUUACUGUUAAAGUUGUUAAACAUUCCAAAGAAAGAGCUACCCUUGUUAUGACUUAGAAUAUUAUAACUUUCGAAAUAAAUGAAUUUGUUCGCUUUUAAAAAUACGAGGUGAAAAAUAAUAAAAUGUGUUCAAAUUUUAUUCAAUUUUAUAGUGAGCUGUUUUUUGUUAAUGUGGCACGAAAAAGUGUCAACCUAUGCUCUUAGAUAAAAAAAUAUAGCAAAAUAUACUUAUUAGAACGUUUACAUUCCUGUAUUAAAUACCUACCUAUAAUUAAAGUAUUAAAUGUACCUACUUAUACGAUAAUGUGUAAUGAUUCUUAUUUGUCGUCAUAUUAUUGCUAUUUAAAUAAUGUUUCGUACAUUUAUAUGCAUAAUGUUACCAUAUCAGUUGUUUUUCAUGAUCUGAAUAAUAAUUUUUAUCUAGUUGUCCCGUUAAUGUAUUCAGAAUAAAUGGCCCAGCUAAUAAAA